UCACUCCAUUUGAUACAACUCACAGCAAUAGACUCACCUUCAGCAUUUUGCACGCUAUAUAGUUCGUUCAAAAGUAGCCUGUUAACUAUGAAUAUGACAGAAAGAAAGUGUCAUAGGACGCAUCUCUCUUUCGAGAAUUGCGAGGGUAGCCAUUGUACAAUUGCAAACAUCAACUCCUUCCCGUUUGAAGUUAAGCUGCUGAUUCUGAAGCAUCUGUGCUACGAGGAUUUGAAAUUAGUUUUGUUUGUAUGCAAGGAGUGGAGGUCUAUAGUUUUGAAUCAGGAAAUAUGGAGAAAUUUGUUUUAUCGAGAAUUUGCUGGUUUGAAGAAUGAACAUGUAACAUGGUCAGAUACCGUGCACAAGAUUAUGAGAGAGUUAAAGCAGUGUCAAAAAGACACGAAAAAACUGAUAUGGGCCAUAAAAGGACAGCAUAUUGCAUUCUUGAAAAAACUGUUAGAAAAUGACAGGUCACUCGCGUAUUCGCACUACCACAAAAAGAAGAUUCCAAUUUAUGUGUCCGCACAGGUUGGAAAUAAAAAAAUUGUUAGUUGUUUAUUGGAGUCUGGUGCAGAUCCCAAUGUAAGGUCGCACGAUGGGUCGACGCCACUUUACAUCGCUUCGCAGGAAGGAAACACGGAGGCCUUAAAAUUGCUGAUUGAGGCUGGUGCCAACACGGAGUGCGUGUUUAGAAAUGGGUACACGCCUUUGUAUAUAUCGGCUCAGAACGGGAGGAUAGAAGCGGUGAAGCUUUUGUUAAAGUAUGGAGCAAACAUUGAAUCCACCUGUUCGAACGGGUCUACACCGUUAUAUAUUGCGGCCCAGCAAGGAAGGUAUGAAGUGGCCAAGUUGUUGGUGGAUGCAGGGGCGAACUUAGAAGUGACAUUUAAGACAGGAUUUACGCCGUUGUACGUUGCGGCGAGAAAUGGACAUUAUCAGGUAGUGAAGUUGUUGGUAGAGUGUGGGGCGAAUACAGAGGCGAAGGAUGGAGACGGGUCUACGCCGUUGUACGUUGCAGCUCAGAACGGUCAUUCGGAUUGCGUGGAAUAUCUAUCGCAUCGAUCCAAUGUGGAGACGACAUUUUUGGACGGGUACACACCGCUAUACAUAGCAUCUCAGAAUGGUCAUGCAAAGGUCGUAGAGCUACUUUGUAAGAAGAAUGCGCUGGUCAACCGUGUGUGUGGGAAUGGCUCCACAAGCCUUUACGUGGCUUGUCAAAAUGGGCACUACAACGUGGCUGUUAUCUUGGUUCAGUACGGGGCAAGAACGGACAUGAUUUUUGGGAGCGGAUACACGCCCCUGUACAUCGCGGCGCAGAAAGGCCAUUACAAAAUUUGCAAGCUGUUGGUCAAGAACAAUGCAAAUCUCAACGCGACGACAUACAAAGGUGCCACGGCACUUUAUGUGGCGAGUCAGAAGAAUCACGUGAAGAUAGUUCGUUAUUUGAUCAAACAGGGUGCUAACUUAGAAAUUCCAUUUCAGAAUGGAUACACACCUCUCCACAUCGCAGUACAGGAGAAGUCGGUGCCCAUUGUGAUGCUGCUGUUGGAGUAUGGUGCCAACCCGUUCGCCAGAUCAUACGCUUACAAGACGCCAUUGGACAUUGCAGAAACGAAGGAAAUUGUUAAAUUGAUCUAUAUAUAUCAGCAGAUGUAUUUCAAGAUGAAGCUGCCUCUUCAUUGUUCUUCGGCUUCGUUGCCGAUAUCGAACCCACCUUCUAGAAGGGAGGAUAGAGUAGAAGAAACGUCCAUCACUGAGCUCCCAGCAUCCAGCUGUCGAUAAAGCAAUAUUAUAAAUAUUAUAUUAAAAGCCUCGUAGUUUUGGUUCUGAUCUGACAUGGGACAUGCUGUUGUGUGCAUGUAUAUUGCAUUUAAGG